ACAUGCGCACUGCCAGUUUACUAGCUAGCUGUCGUGGUUAGCAGGGUUGCGUGUCCGGAGUGCUGUAGAUGAAAAUCGAAGUUCUUGUGUCUUCUUGACGAGAUGAAAGGCAGAUUCAACACAGUCGAUGUUAGGGCGGUGAUUGCCGAGAUCAAUUCCAAAUAUGUUGGGAUGCGAGUGAACAAUGUCUAUGACAUCGACAACAAGACCUAUCUCAUACGACUCCAAAAGCCGGACAGCAAAGCAAUCUUAUUGAUUGAGUCCGGCAUACGGAUUCACUCCACUGAGUUUGAAUGGCCCAAAAAUGUCAUGCCAUCCGGUUUUGCCAUGAAAUGCCGAAAGCACCUAAAGUCAAGAAGAUUGGUACACGUGAAGCAACUUGGUGUAGACAGGAUUGUGGACAUUCAGUUUGGAUCAGAUGAGGCUGCAUACCACCUUAUAGUUGAGCUGUAUGACAGGGGAAACAUAGUCCUGACAGACCAUGAGUACACCAUACUAAACCUGUUGCGCUUUCGCACUGCUGAGGCAGAGGAUGUUAAGUUUGCAGUGAGGGAACGAUAUCCUGUAGAGAAUGCCAGGCCUCCUGAACCCCUCAUCAGUCUGGAAAGGCUCACAGAGAUACUGUCCAAAGCACAGAGUGGAGAGCAAGUUAAAAGGAUUCUUAAUCCCCACCUCCCAUAUGGAGGCACUCUAAUUGAACACUGCUUUAUAGAAGUUGGUCUCCCUGGUCUUAUGAAAAUGGACAGUCAGUUUAACAUUGCUGAAGCUGGACCAAAACUUUUGGAUGCUUUGCAGAUGGCAGAGGAUUAUAUAGAGAAAGCAGCAAGCUUUGAUGGAAAGGGUUACAUCAUUCAGAAAACUGAAAAGAAGCCAAGUAUGACUCCAGACAAGCCACACGAGGAGUUGCUCACGUAUGAAGAAUUUCAUCCAUUCCUUUUUGCUCAACACUCAAGUAACCCAUAUAUUGAGCUUGAGUCUUUUAAUAAGGCUGUUGAUGAGUUUUUCUCCAAGAUGGAGAGUCAGAAGAUUGACAUGAAAGCUCUCCAGCAGGAGAAACAAGCCCUGAAGAAGCUUGAGAAUGUCAAAAAGGACCACGAGCAACGGUUGGAGGCCCUACACCAAGCCCAGGAGGUGGACCGUCUGAAGGGGGAGCUGGUGGAGAUGAACCUCCCCAUCGUGGAGAGAGCACUGCAGGUAGUAAGAAGUGCUCUUGCCAAUCAGGUGGACUGGGCAGAAAUAGGUCUCAUUGUCAAAGAAGCUCAGGUGGCUGGAGACCCUGUGGCUUGUGCCAUCAAGGAGCUGAAGCUACAGACCAAUCACAUCACUAUGCUACUAAAGAACCCAUAUGUUGGUUCAGAAGAAGGAGAGGAGGAAGAGUCUUUGAUGGAUACUACAGAGGUCCCUGAGCAGCAAAAGGGGAAGAAGAAUAAGAAUAAAGACAAAGGACAGAAGGGCAAGGUCCAGAAGAACAAACCUGUCCUGGUGGAUGUGGACCUUAGUUUGUCUGCUUAUGCCAAUGCAAAGAAGUAUUAUGACCACAAGCGGAGUGCUGCAAAAAAGGAGCAGAAGACAGUGGAAGCAGCAGAAAAGGCCUUCAAGUCUGCUGAGAAAAAGACUAAACAAACCCUUAAAGAGGUCCAGACAGUUACAACAAUUCAGAAAGCAAGAAAGGUCUACUGGUUUGAAAAGUUUCUUUGGUUCAUCAGCUCAGAGAACAACCUCAUCAUUGCUGGACGAGACCAGCAGCAGAAUGAGAUGAUAGUCAAACGUUACCUGCGAGCAGGGGACAUCUAUGUCCAUGCUGACCUCCAUGGAGCUACAAGUUGUGUCAUCAAGAAUCCCUCUGGAGAGCCUAUUCCUCCACGUACACUAACAGAGGCUGGGACUAUGGCUGUGUGUUAUAGUGCUGCCUGGGAUGCCAAAGUGAUCACCAGCGCUUGGUGGGUUCACCAUAACCAGGUGUCCAAGACUGCUCCAACAGGAGAGUAUUUAACAACAGGAAGCUUCAUGAUUAGAGGGAAGAAGAACUUCUUACCCCCCUCUUAUCUCAUUAUGGGCUUCGGAUUUCUCUUCAAGGUGGAUGAGCAGUGUGUGUUUAGACACCGGGGAGAGAGGAAGGUUAAAACUCUGGAGGAAGAUGUGGAGGACGGGAUAUCCAGUACUGCAGAGCUGCUAGAGGAAGGAGAGGAGCUCUUAGGAGAAGACAGCGCAACUGAAGGAGAGGCUGAGGAAGAAGAUGGGGGUGAAGAAGACAGCAGAAUGACUGGAGAUGAAGAUGUAGUGACAAGAGAAACAGAAGAUGGUCAAGAAGCAGAAGAAUACACAGAAGCCCAGGACGCAUCAGGCCAGACCAAGCCUGAGACUGAAAAGCCAGAGCAGAAGGAGGUGGAACGACACAAAGGAGAAAAAGAGGUCGAUGAAGAGGUGAAGAGUGAGGAAGAGAGUAUAGACAUCAGUUUUCCAGACACCACAAUCUCACUCACACACCUUCAGUCGAACAGGGGAAUCUCAAAUGCUGGUUUCAAGCAAGACGUUUCAAAACAGGACAACACAGAGGCACACGGCAAAAAGUACAUGAGUGCUAAGCAGAGAAGGGAUAUGAAGAAGAAGCAAAAACAAGAAGGUGAUGAACAACAUGAAGAAGCAGAGUCCAAAAGAGAGGAGAAUCAAGGUUUUUAUGCAUCCAGCCAGAGCUCUAAGAUUGGAGGAGCCACUCAGCCUCCUCUAAAGAGGGGACAAAAGAACAAGCUGAAGAAAAUCAAAGACAAAUACAAAGACCAAGAUGAGGAGGACCGUGAACUGAUGAUGAAGCUGCUUGGGUCAGCAGGCUCCAGUAAGGAAGAAAAGGGAAAGAAGGGGAAGAAAGGAAAAGGAAAAGAGGAGCCAGUGAAGCGAGCUCCCCAGAAACCUGGCCAAAAGCAGAAAGCAGCCGAGCAGCAUAUGGUGAAGAAGGCUGAGCAGCCUGGGGAUGAUGGUUGCCCAGCAGGAGGGGACUUCACUGAACAGGAUGACAAGGAGGCUGAUGACUUGGACCAGGAGAACCCUGGAGCAGAGGAAGGAGAAAACUUUCUUGACUCUUUGACUGGCCAGCCAUACUCAGAUGAUGUAUUGCUGUUUGCAGUCCCUGUAUGUGCACCCUAUACAGCCCUUUCAAAUUACAAGCAUAAAGUGAAACUGACUCCAGGCACACAGAAAAAGGGAAAAGCUGCUCGGACUGCUGUGUUCAGCUUCAUGCGUGGAAAGGAAGCUAGCACCAGAGAGAAAGACCUUUUCCGCAGUGUUAAGGACACAGACCUGUCAAGAAACAUGCCUGGCAAAGUGAAGGUAUCGGCUCCGAACCUGCUGGCAGCAAAGAAGAAAUAAAUUUCAGGAAAACUGGUUAAAUUGCAUAGAAUAUUCGGGGGAUGACAACAGAGAAGCCUUGGACAGUUCACAACCUGUAAAUGCCUGCCUUAAGGAAGACUUGCCCAUUAAGGAUAAUGAUCAGGAGAAUUGUGAGAAUCAUGCACAUCAUCCUUAGAUUGUAUAUACCACAUUCUUCUUCUGUGGGGAGGAAAAAAGAUGGAGAUCAUAGUGAAUCCUAUAUUAUGUGAAAAAUUACAUUAUUGUGGCUUUUGCUACAUCAGUCCAUUAUGAGAGAUAUGAGAAAUAUAAGGUGUACAGCAGGCAAAACAAAACUUGUAAACAUCUUUGAACAUACUGCAAUUUUCACAAGUCCUUGUUUUUUUACAUUCAAAAUAUACAAGGAAUUGUUUUUAUUCAUUAAUUUUAUUUUUUUUUUCAAAUAAAACAUUUCAACCUAUUUACAGAAAAAUGACUAGGUCACACUGACUACCUGAAAUGCAACAAAAGUAUUACAAAACAGAGCAUAACAAUACUAGUUUGGUUCCUAGUUAGCCCCACUUCCCCUUCACCAGUAAUCCAAGAUCCAGUGAUUGGUUAGGAAGUUAGUUCAGAUAGUUCUAUUAAACCAAAAUAUACAAAACCUCACACAAAAAUAGCUAAAAUACAGUAUAUACACUUAGUAAAAUUAGGAAUUUAACAAUGUCUGUAUAUUGUAACUCCUCUUACAUCUCAAAUCUUUGAUGGGGAAAUUUUUUAUUCCCUAUCAGUGGCAUUUCAUUUAUUUUAUCAGUACGAUGGAAAAUAUCAAAAGCAUGAUGUUUAGCAUAUUUUAAUGGGUGGAAAAUAACCUAGUCACGUUCUGUAUUAAAUCAAGUUAUGUAUAUAAAACAGUGGUUUAGUCAUAUGCAAAAGUUUAAACACCAUCGGUCAAUCUAUAUGUUUGUGAAAAUAAGUUAACACAUCCUCUAUGUAAUGUGUUAAAUGACAUUUUUGACAAAAACAAUAUAAAAUAUACCAUUUUGUGUUUUGUUUUUUCAUAAAUUCAGCAAAUAAACAGUAAUUGCAUUAAAACAUGAAGAUGAGUGUAGGGGAUAUGCACUUAUUUUCACUUAGAAAAUCAGCAAAACCUGGAACUUGACCAGGAGUGCCCAAACUUUUGCAUAUAAAUCAAAUUGGCUCUUUAUUUCAUGAUAACACACUGAUAUCAUAGGUAGAACUCCUUUUUUAAAAGCAACGUAAAAGCUACAAAAAAUACAAUCUACAUGGUUUGCAUUGUUCAUGAUAAUUAUCAUUAUAAGAUGCUUUCUUCAUGAUAAUUAUCAGCCUUAUCAGUGCUGCAAGUUACUUCCUAAAUACUUUAAAAAAAAAAAAAAAAAAAAAAACGCUGCUUCUUGUUAUUUAGCAAUGUAUAGUGGCUUUCAGGCCAUCUGAUUAUAAACUGCACAUGGUUCUUGUGUUGGAACACUGGGAGGAUACACUACUAGUCAAAAUUUGGACACAGU